GGAACAUUGCAGCAGUGUCUGUGGAUGGAUGCAUUCCUUCACAGGGCAUUGUUGAAUGAAUAUUUAGAACUGUGACGAGGUGAGGAAUAGCGCGAGUGAAUCGAGUCGUAGAGUUGAUUAACACAACGAAAGUACUCCAGCUUGUUAGCUUUUUGUAACUUGUCACUGAUGGAAGAAGUUAUUUGAGAGGGAAGAGAGAGAAACGCACAUAUCCUGGAGGCACUCCUGUUCACCUCGCUCUUGAGCUCUGACAAUUUGACAGAUUGUCCUUCGCCAUCCAUCCAUCAGCUUCUGCAGCAACACAUAACCCCUGGCAUAACGCAGGGAACCACCUCUCACGUGACAUCUCAUGGUGCAUCAUCAUCCGCAUGCCUCCAAACUUGCCAUCACUCACAGCAAUCAACCGUCCAGAAUAACACUACAGAUUCUACCCAGGAGUCUGUUACUCUCUCCAAUCAUGGAAUGUCAUAUGAAGAUAAUAGAUUUCAAUAUAUUUUGGGUGCUGCAACAUCAGUAGCUACAAAAGUGAAUGAAGAAAGCUUAUCGUACCUGAAUCAAGGCCAGUCUUAUGAAAUCAAAGUAAAGAAAUUAGGGGAUCUCACAAGAUGUAAAGGAAAGUUUUAUCACACCAUAAUACGUGUCUGUUUUCAUGAGCGGCACUUGCAGUACAUGGAGAAAGAACAGCUGGAAAGCUGGAGACACAUGCGACCUGGAGAGAGAAUACUGGAGGUUGAUAUUCCAUUGUCUUAUGGUAUAUGUGACGUUGCACAAGAUCCCAAAUCAUUAAACAUGUGUGAAUUUGAUUGGGAUCCAACGAAAGAAGUGGGAGUGUAUAUAAAGGUCAACUGUAUCAGCACAGAGUUUACUCCCAAAAAGCAUGGUGGAGAAAAGGGAGUUCCAUUUAGAAUUCAGGUGGAGACCUAUUCUAAAACCGAGUGUGGACAAGAACAGCUUCAUGUCUGUGCCUGCCAGAUCAAGGUGUUCAAGUUGAAAGGUGCUGAUAGAAAGCAUAAGCAAGAUAGAGAGAAGAUAUCAAAGAGACCACAUUAUGAACAAGAGAAGUAUCAGCCCUCUUGUGAAUGUACUAUCCUAACAGAGCUAUCUCCAGUGGCUGUCUAUGUACCUGCUGCCGAAUCCUCCUCCUCAACUCCUGGCUCAAACGCAGGUCUAAGAACACAGAGUCCAGCAUCUGUAUUAAAAAAUGAAUCAGGUGGCAUAGAUCAAACAAAAUUAGAAAAUGGUGUUCCAACAGACCAAGAAGAAGACCAAGAAAAUCCGUUAUACGGUGUUCCUCUCCACUCAGGAACCACUGCUGUGCAAACCAUGGCGUGGUUGGCAGCAAAUCGUUUUAACAAGUAUCAUAACAUGUUUGCAAAUUUUACGGGCACAGACAUCCUUAGACUUUCUCGGUCAGACCUAAUAGAAAUGUGCGGCCUGGCAGACGGGAUCAGACUCUUCAAUGCUUUGCAUGCCAAGAAUGUCUUGCCAAGGCUGACUGUUUACGUCUGCCUUGAACACGAGCAGCUCUACCAUGCGGUGUACUUGGAAAACUUGACUUGUGCCGAUUUUACGAAGAAGGUUUCAUCGCUAAUGCAGAUCACCCAGGAACGGAUCCAUGACGUGUAUUUGCAAGGGCCAUCAGGCAUCCACAUUCUUGUUACAGAUGAGGUGGUCCAGAACAUGGUUAAUGAAUCGAUGCUGUCCAUAAAGGUGCUACAAGACACAACCGGGGAAAGGUACAGAUUAUUACUAAGACUCAAUGAUAAUCAUAGCAACAAAACACAGUCUUAAGAAAAAUACUGUUUCCCUGUUGAUUCCAGCAGAUGGCAUUCCUUAUAAUCGUGAUAGAUUUUGUAGAAUUUUUAAAAAGGGAAUUCUGCAAUAAUGUAUAUAUUUUUAUGUACUUGCCAUAAAUGAAAUAGGAGACAUGUCAUGUUAAACUCAGUGCCUGGUGGAUAAUGAUGCCGAGAAUUUUUCUCCUUUUUUUCGUACCUAAUUAUCAUUAAAGGAAUGCGUUAUUCCAAAUAUAUUGGAGAGAUGUGUUUUAUUGUUCUAUCACAUGUAAUUCAUGUAUGUAAAAGAAAAUCAGUUAUCUUGUCUCUCUGUCCUUAAAAUUAUGAACUAGUAUUUGGUUGUGCAAUAUGUUGACAUCUAGAGUUUACCAUAUUUUGAUAAAGCUUAUUGGUUACAUUAAAUAAGUGAAUUUAAAAGGGAAAACGAAAAGCCUGUUGUGGAACAGGAGAAGUGUAUGUAUCAUCCUCACACUAUUGUCAAAGUAGCAUAAUGCUCAAAAUAAAAAAGUGUAUAAAG